GGUGAAUGGCCAGGAUGGGGUCCCGGGCGCAGGCGGUGCCCAGGUUUUACAGCUCGGAGCCCCUGUUCGGCGAGGUGGCCCCCGAGGUGAUGGAGGCCAUGCUGAUCCGCUUGGCCACGGAAAACGAGCGGUACCUCAGCGAGCUGCCCGGCCAGGCCGGCUGCUGCAAGGAGAGCCGGACCGUGGAAUUUAUAUUCCUUUUGGCUGAGAAAUGGCGCUUGGACCAUUCAGCGAGGUAUCAGGCAGUAGAGUUACUUGAAAGGUUUAUGAUCAAGCAAAUAGAGCAAAUCUGUAAGUCCCCCAGUGAGAACAUGGAAAGUACCAAAGAAGGCAGCCGUCGGAGCUCUCUGAAAGAACAGAUAUAUGACACGUUUGUCCUGCGACUGGUGUCGUGCAUUCAGCUUGCAAGCAAACUUUCCUUGCACUAUAAUAUAGUUAACAGCGACACAGCUUUAAAAUUCCUGCAGUCCUUAAAAUACUCGUACACUAAACAGGAGCUGCUCGAGUCGGAGCUUGCUGUUUUAGAGACUCUGCAGUUCCAGAUCAACGUGUCAACUCCUCUGGCUUAUGUCGAAUUGCUUCUAGAGGUUUUAGGACAUAACGGCGGCUUACUUCCUGCAAAGCCUUUGCAUCAGAUGUGUGUGCAGCUACUAGACUUCUUGUACCUUAAAAGGGAGGCCAUCUACGACACGUUACUGAAGACGGCCAUCGAAAAUUCGACACCAAGUGAACUGCAGAUUUGGAAUCAUCAGCACAAGCGUUUUCGUACUAAAUCCCGAGCACUGGGAGCAGGUUGUGGAGCAUUUAAACUGCAUUACGGGCAUUACUUCCCAAAGCAUCUUAGAGUUUUCCCAUGCGGUACUGAAACACGUUAUUGGCAGCACCACUCCAAAGCAGCACCGGAGGAAGUAAAGCUCCAGAAAACGGAGUUCUGCCUCUCGAGCAGAACUCACCCGGAUCCCUCGGUCGGUGCAGCGGGCUGUCACGCUGCUAACGGUCCUUCGUCCGUGACACUGCGCAGGACACCCCAAACAGUAGGGUUGUUCUUUUGAUUUCGAGCACGGUGUGUUCCGUAACUUACUGCGUGCUGUUUUAAUUAGAGGAGCUCGUUAUUUUCGGCUGUGCUCUAGCGCUGUGAACAGGAACAAAGCAGUGCUUAUGUUUUCCAACGCCAGAAGCGUUACUGGAAGAGCUACGUCGUUUAAGUUGUCGAUAUGUUUUCCUUGAAGGAACAGAAAACUUAUUCGAAGAGCGUUGUUUUGAAAAGGCAUUAACGUGAGUGUUGUUCUGCUGGGAAGCCCCAGCCCAGCCCUUACGAACAGGGCUGUCAUUUGUGUUUGUUGCUGUUUUGCAACCUAAUUAUUUCUGCCCGCCUGCUGCAGCCAGGCUGCGUGUUGAUGUUCUUCUUUGCCAGCGCUCCGAAGCCUGGUUGCUCUUACCUCAAUCGAGCCAGCUAGCGUUGUGGCAAGAACAAAAUCCCCCCCCCCCUGUUUUGUCCUGCCAGCAGGGGCUGCCUGAACACUGAGGGAUGCUCAGGUUCCAGCCGAAAGCCCUCUGCCUAGAAUCGUGUUUUAUUGGGAGGUUGCUCAGCGCGCCCCGGUGCAGGAACAGGCUACGGAAAGCGUAACAGAUCGCAGCGAACAGCCUCAAACCCUCCUAAAGUCCAGUGGCAACGAGAAGUGCCGAUACGACUUAAAAAAUACUUUAUUUCAAGCUGCAGUGACCAAACAGACCGUCUGAGUUUCUCCACCUUAUUCCCUGCGUUAGAAACUUGCCUUUUCUAACCCCCGCGUUCCAUCAGGCUGUGACAGAGCACUACCAACGGCGCUGGCAGUGUGAACUUUGACAAUAACUUACAUACAUCUCUACGACCCCCAAACACCACUUCAGCGUCUAUUUAACAGCUGAUUAUUAUUUUUUAAACUCGGUUCAGCUCCGCGAUAGGACUUUACAUAUUGCUUUUCUAUAUCCUACUCCUCUUAACGGUAUUUUAAAUAAAGUGUCUUGUGGA